AUGAAGCAAUCUUCUAUGGUCCAUUCUUUUUCUCUAUUUCGUUUUGUUGUCUUUCUCGUAUCCUUUUGUAUCUUCUUUGUGACAACGACCAAUGCCCAAAUAGUCCAUCGACGGCUCUGGCCGUGGCCAUCAAUACCUUGGCCAUCAAUGCCUUGGCCAUAUCCAUGGCCAAUGGAACCACCAGAUGCUGGCCCACCACCAGGCCCAUCACCAAAGCCUGGUCCACGACCAGACCCAUCUCCACACCCACCAAUACCACCUAAGCCGCAACCAAAUGCACCACCAGCGCCUGGUCCAGCAUGCCCACCAAUACCACCUAAGCCUCAACCAAAACCACCACCAGCCCCUGGUCCAUCUCCAUGCCCCCACCUAAGCCGCAACCAAAAGCCACCACCAGCGCCUGGUCCAUCGGCGUGUCCACCAAUACCACCUAAGCCUCAACCAAAACCACCACCAGCCCCUGGUCCAUCUCCAUGUCCACCAUAACCACCUAAGCCUCAACCAAAGCCACCACCACCCUGUCCACCGGCAUGUCCACCAAUACCACCUAAGCCUCAACCAAAACCACCUCAACCACCAAAACCGCACCCAAAGCCACCACCAGCACCUGCUCCAUCACCAAAGCCAGGCCCACCACCUAAACCACCUAGUCCAGCUCCGAAACCUGUGCCACCACCUACUCCAUCGCCAAAACCUAGCCCACCUACUCCAUCGCCAAAACCCAGACCACCUGCCCCAUUACCACCUAAGCGAGAAAACAAAACCAUACCGGCCCUGUUUUUCUUUGGGGAUUCGAUAUUCGACAGGAAUAAUAAUAAUUUAAAACAAAAGAUAAAAAGUAACUAUCGCCCCUAUGGAAUGGAUUUUCCUUCGAGAGUAGCCACCGGUAGAUUCAGCAACGGAAAGGUCGCUUCUGAUUUUAUAUCCAAAUAUAUGGGAGUAAAAGAAAUAGUACCCGCAUAUUUAGACCAGAAACUACAACAAAACAAACUACAACGUAGCGAUCUACUUACGGGCGUCUCUUUUGCUUCGGGUGGUGCUGGCUUCGAUCCUGAAACAUCUGAAUCAUUGGAUGUCAUACCAAUGUUGGACCAAUUGUCAUAUUUUCAAGACUACAUAAAGAGACUGAAGAAGCUAGUAGGAAAAAAAGAGGCUAAACGAAUAGUGUCCAACGGAGUAGCCAUUGUGGUCGCAGGAGGCACCGAUCUGAUUUACACAUAUUUUGGAAUUGGUGCUCAACACCUUAAAACUGACGUCGACUCUUUCACCACUUUCAUGGCUGACUCUGCUGCCAGUUUCGUUUUGCAACUGUAUGGAUUUGGAGCAAGACGUAUAGGAGUGAUAGGAACACCACCGCUUGGUUGUACACCAUCACAAAGGGUUAAAAACAAAAAAAUAUGUGAUGAAGAGAUAAAUUAUGCUGCUCAGCUUUUUAAUUCCAAGCUCGCUAUAAUUUUGGGCCAGUUGUCGGAAACCCUACGAAAUUCGACAAUGAUUUACAUGGACAUCUACUCUAUCUUCAGUAAAAUACUAGAAAGCCCUGCGCACUAUGGAUUUGAGGAGGUAAAGAAACCGUGCUGCAAAAUCGGAUUAACGGGAGGAGGUGUAUUCUGCAAAAAGAAGACAUCAAAAAUAUGUCCCAAUACAUCGUCUUAUUUGUUUUGGGAUGGUGCCCACCCUACUGAGAGAGCUUAUGAAACAUUAAAAAAAAACUUGUUAAAAAAUACCUCCGUUAUAUCUGAUUAAUAACUGUCUUUAUUACAUUAUUAAUCUAACCAAAAGGACAACUUUUGCAACGUAUUAAUAAUGUAGGCAUGAGCGGUUUCUGCGACUAAUAAUCCAAACACCAUUUGAGAAUUGAGAUAGUCAUGUAAGCCUUUUGUUUUUUAUCAAACGAUUUCCUCAGCGAGCCAGUCAUGUU